GGUCAUUUUUGCAGCAGCCAAUGAGCACGACCAUGACCUGCACUGUUUAUAAUGGUAGGGUUGGUACGUAUUUAUUCUCAUAACCCACUACCCCGUUUCCCUCGCUUUUCCUCAUGGCGACUCAGGCAGAUAUUCCAGCAGAUCUUACAGAUGAAAACAAAGCUCUCAUGCUUCAAGAACUCGACGCUACCCUGAACUCCCAAAUUCUCUUGGCGUUAUUGCAUGGCAUAUACACCGGAAUUCUUGCUGUAACAUUGUGGAAUAUAUUCAUCAACAAAUACUGGCAGAUCCGACGAGCCUUGGUCGUCAUUACUAUUCUCCUCCAUGCUCUGAUUACUAUCAAUUUUGCUGCCCAAUGGUCAUUUACAUGCUCCGCAUUCAUUGAAAACGGGCAAAGUUUUUGGACUGCAUACUCAAAGCUUAAUGGUGCGAACCAAGCAAUCAUUUGGGAGGCAGGUAUUCCAGCCUCUAUGAGUACCAUUCUCGCAGACUCAUAUAUUAUUUGGUGCUGUUGGAUGGUCUGGGGACGGCGCUGGCUUAUUGUUCUGCUUCCGAUCCUUUCCCUAAUUUCUGCAACUGUGUCAAAAAUCAUUGAAGUAUAUCAUCAGUACUUCGAUGCAACAUAUGGAGUAUUCCCUAUGCUCUACACAUGCUUCGUCCUGGCAACGACAUUAUGGUGCACGCUGUUCAUCAUUUUCCGCAUUUUGACUGUUACAGGGGUUAAGCGCGGAGCAGGUGGCCAACUGGGAGUUUAUCGCCGUUUUAUUGGAGUGCUAGUGGAAUCCUCGGCUCUCUAUUCGAUAGCUCUGAUCCUAGAGUUGGCCUUCUUCAUUCGCUAUUAUUUUGGAUGGUAUUACCUUGAUAACAUAGCUGCUAUUGCGAAAGGAGUUGCACCCACACUUCUUAUUGGCAGAGCAGCGGCAGGACACACACAGCCAACCGAAGAACAUGACGAAAGUGCGUCGGUGUCGACCCUUCGUUUCCAAAUGGCUUCCCAAUCUUCUCAACCUUCGCAACCUUCCACGGCAGACUUUCAGGAAUCCACCCGGCAGAGCACAGUCCUUGAAAUAGACAUUGAGGCCCAACGGGAGCAGUCGGAUGAGCCCGUGGUAGUUAUUGAAAGGACAUAAUAGAGCUCAUGAUGAACGUCUGAAAGUCGGGGUGAGACUUCGGACUUGAUCUAGACUAUGAUUUUUUGUCUGUUAUCCUUUCUGAUUAUCG